CUAAUGGAUAAUCAGCAUGGAGAAAAAGACAGAGAAAAUACAAGUGAUUUGUGCCUAGUGGUACUAGGCUAAAUAAACACUUGUUUUAUCUUCGAAAUAUUUGGAUUUCACCGCCACAUUUUUUAAAAUUCAAACAUGCCUGUUAGGGAGAAUCAUUCUCUUGCCUUCUCUAGCAUCUAGCUGAAGAUUCUGAGAAUAGUCACGGUUAAUUGCUCCUUCAGGGAUAUGUCAUCUUGCCUCCCCUGCUAGUCAGCAGGGGACACUGACUGACUGCAAGAUACAGAGAAGCUUUACCCAUCAUCCAUGGAUAGCAGGUGGAGAAGGAGCGAAAUGUCUUCAGGUACUUCCCAGUAUCUUCGAAUGAAGUCUCCCUCUGUUAUUUCCAACGGUUCCUUUGAAUUCACACCUGCAACAUUUACUCUUGUUGGUAUCCCAGGACUGGAAGCAGAGCACAUCUGGAUAUCUAUCCCUUUCUGCCUGACAUACAGCAUCAUCUUCAUAGGAAAUGGUAUCAUUCUACAUAUCAUUCGGAUUGCCCCUGUUUUGCAUCAGCCAAUGUACUUCUUUCUAGCCAUGCUGGCCUUUGUUGAACUCGGAGUCUGUGCUUCCACCAUGCCUACUGUGUUAGGCAUUUUCCUCUUUGGCAUUCAUGACAUCAGUUUUGGUGGUUGUCUGCUGCAGAUGUUUUCUAUGCACUCUUUCACUCUCAUGGAGUCAGGUGUCCUUCUGGCUAUGUCUGUAGACCGCUUUGUGGCCAUUUAUAGCCCACUGCGGUACACAACCAUCCUGACAAUUCCCCGCAUCACUGGGAUGGGUGCCACCAUUGCCUUGAGAAGUGUGAUGCUCAUGUUACCACUGCUCUUCCUUCUGAAGGAUCUGCCUUUCUGUGGCCACAACACCCUCACACACUCUUACUGCCUCCACUCAGAUCUGAUCAAACUGCCUUGUGCAGACACCCGCCCCAAUAGCAUCCUGGGUCUGUUUGUUAUUACCUCCACAUUUGGGCUGGACUCACUGCUUAUUGUGGUUUCGUAUAUGCUGAUUUUUCACAUAGUCCUGGGAAUAGCUUCUGGGGCAGGGCGGUGGAGGGCACUCAACACAUGUGUGUCACAUAUCUGUGCUGUGCUCGUGUACUAUGUUCCCAUGAUCAGCCUCUCUUUGUUGCACCGCUUUGGACGGCAUUUACCUCCACUCCUCCAAACUUUCAUGGCCAAUGCAUACCUAUUCUUCCCACCUGUGGUUAAUCCCAUUGUCUAUAGUAUCAAAACCAAGGAAAUUCGCAAUAGCAUUGUUCGUACACUGUCUAGAAAGAGGGGUGAGGUCUAA